CUCGUCAGUGUAAUAGCAGCAAAUGUAAAUGUAGACAUAAUCCAGAAGUGGAUGUAAAUGUAGAUGUAAAGAUAGGGAUAGGCAAACUUUUGGUCUCUUCUCUCUUUUCUUUUUCCCUCUUGUAUCCUCCCUUUUCCCUCUGUCCUCUCCUCUCUUUAGUACAUGCAUUUGUUUCUCAUAUAUCAUUGACAACACACAUAGAUAUUUCAUACAUCCAACUCACAGAUACCUUCUAUCCAUGACAUCCAUGACAGGACAAUCAUUACCUCCGAAGCGUAUUGCUGACUAUUUUUUCAUGGUCGGCUUGAGGGAUGACAUUUUAUUGGCAGCAUCAGACAUCCCUCCAACUGAACCCCUCACGUCUGAUGUUAGUCCUACAAGCGAAACACAAUAUCCGCCACAGAGUCAGAGUCAGGGUCAGGGUCAGGAUGUUUUUGUGCACAGCUCAUUUUUCAAUGGUGACACAGCCUCAGCUUUAGCUUUCAUUGCAAACAACCCGCAGACACAUACACAAGCAACGGAGACAUGUAAAACCAGGUCCAACCAAAGGGCACGGUCCAAGUCCAUGGCACAAGUGACUCGCCCCCAUCCAACCUCCGCCACCCUCGAUAAUCAAUCUUCAACUCCCCCUUCCCGAACACUUGCGCCGCCUUAUUCAGUCAUAGAUUCGGCACUUACUGAGAGAUCUGCGGUCACAGCAGCUCCAAAGACAGCCAUCAACGCUGCUUUGGCCAUAUCAAGGCGACCCAAUAGGAGGUCGGUGACAUUGAGUGAUAUUAAUAUUGUAGAGAAUAACACUACAAGACUUCGGCACAAACCAAGUUAUCGACACAUAUCUGCAGGAACGCUUUUCAGGACAGUGCAGGAAGGGAUCCGUCAAGAAAUAGCAAAGGACCCAAUGAUGGUCCGAGAUGAUGAUGAUGAUCAUGAAAUGUACACAGCAGAGCAACACACUAAUCAUAGUCCUAUAGCAGCAGUAGCGGAAACUAGAAUAAUCUCUAACAUGAGGCGACAAAGCACAAGUCCAUUGAAUAUGAAUGCAAUGACAACACAAAUACCUGCACUUUCCAAAAUCCAACAGCAAGGGAAAACUAGAUUUUCGGUACAGGACAAGAAGUGUUUAACUUUUGAAAAAAAUAUGGCUGUAGUCCGGAGUCGGUCCAAAAUCGUCCACGGAGCUGACAACGCUCAAGCAGGAGGUACGCAGGAAUUAACACAGGAAUCAGCACGGAAAUCUCCAGAUAUACAUCCUGCAGAGCUGCUCUUUGAUCCCAUUGUGACUUGUCGGUAUCCAGAGACAGACUGGGAGGAUGCAGAGGCCUUCCCACCUCAUUUGCCAAUGUUCUGCUUUCCAGGAGGGCUAUCCUUCGUAUUACAAGAGGAACGACCACCAACCACAUAUCACUCCUUUGUCAUGACACAGGAAACCGGGAAUCGAUCAUAUGCAGUGUGUGUAACUAUUUAUGAACGGCUACCUACAUCCAUGCAGCAGCAAUUUAUAGCUCUCUGUGAACAUUGGACUAGGAACCACAUGUCGGAGAGCGAGAUGGAAUAUGUGAAGGCCAUCAAGACUAAGAUAUCACGGGAACGAGCAACACUCCAUAGUUUACGAAACAGAUUAAAAGAAGAACAGACUCUCGGAAGGAAGCCGCAGAUUCUGGAUCUGAAGCGAGACAUCUUUGAUUCAGAAGAAAAGUUGGCGCUGCUAGAGGAUCAGAUGCAGCCUUGGAAGAGACUCUUCGUGGAGCCCGAGGAUGUUUGGAUCCCACGAUGUGUGGGUCUUGUGAGCGCGGUUCCAUAUCAUUAUCUGCUGAGAGAUUGGCUGUUGGCAGUGGUUGUGGCAUGUUCAGGUGGCGUGGAGCAUCCUGGAUUGAGCUCAAAUUCUUUCCGACUUGAAAGUUAUGUGAAAAACAUUAUCCAUGACGUUGGUAUCCCUCCGUUCGGAAAACUGGAGAUUGGAAUCACCAUCAAUGACCGCAUGAUUUACGCAUCCAGGCCGGCUCUAAAUAGCGUUCCUAUUGUGAAAAAUUUCUCCUUGUAUCCGCUAUUCCGGUGCAUUUCAGCUGAGGAUAUUGUUACUUUGAUUGAAGUUAUGCUGUCCGAAGGCAGGAUUAUCUUUAUUUCUUCUCACUUAGGGAUGCUGACAUUAGCGGCCGAAAGUCUCCUGUAUAUGUUCUUCCCACUUUAUUGGCAUGGAGUUUAUAUCCCAAUCCUCCCAGGAGCAUUAAUGACAUGUCUUCAGGCGCCUGUACCUUAUAUUAUCGGCGUGAAACGAAGCUGUUGUGAGUCCGACUUCCCACCCGAAGAAGCUUGUGUAGUAGAUUUGGAUAGAGGAACAGUGAAUGUCCAGUUGCCGCCUAUUCCAUUGCCUCCACGGCCGCGUAGAAAGCUAAUCCAAUCCUUCGAGCAAUAUGCUCCAUCUUGCACAAACUCUGCUCGUCGCCGCCUGGUUGCCGCCGUCACAGCCUCCACGGCGCCAACUGCCUACAGUAUUGAUUCUGUCUCAGGCCCUCCCAAGUACGUUCAAGAGGCCUAUCCAUACUCAAGGCUAACCUUAUUUUGCGGUGUCUCCCGAGCGCCACGUCGAGGGAGCAUCGUGCGGACGGACUCUUUACGUCCUCCUGCUGGUUCAGCAUUCUCAAACAUAACCAGCGCAUCUUCUUCUGUACAGGAUGUAUCAUCAUGCUCAGGAAUUAGUAGAAACUCUUCGACUAAUACAUUGACUCAUAACGGUUUACAUCCUGCCUCUCUACCCAAAAUCCCUAAGAUGGAAUUUGAGAAGGAAACGUUAAUGGAGGGGCUAGCAGAUGAAAUGAAAAUAGUCCUUGCCUCCAGUGAUGACCAAGCGCGUGUUACGGAUAUGCCCUUAACGGCUGAAGGAACUAACAGAGAUCCGAGGAAUAACAAGGUUGCACCCGAGCAGAACACAACUGAGGUUACUACAGCGAUGCGUAAAGUACUGACUUCUCAACGCGCUCAUGCAAACUUAUUUGAGGCACAUAAGAGACAAGAUUCAGGUUCCUCAAUACAACAACAAGCACAACAGCAAUCAUCAUCGUCCUCCAAUGUCAAUAUAAACAGUAUCCAGUGCAGCUAUUUGGCAUCUGUUGAUACUCCAACUAGAGCGUUAUCACACAAGUCAUCAAUGACCUCUAUUGAAUCGUCAAGGUCCAGACACCAAGGCUCUGUAGUCCACACUGGUUCUCCAUUGUCAACAAUGACAUCAAAUACGAUGGCAAGUAUCAAUGGGUCAACACAGCCAGGAGAUACAUACUACAUGCAUUAUGAAUCAUCAUCUACUACGUCAUUGCCUCCCCUUGUGCACAAUAUGAGUGCAUACUCCAUUACAACUACCAGUAAUAAUGCCAGCUCAACUCUUCUCGGCAGCAGUGUAGGAGGCGGAGGCGCUGGCUCUAUUGAGGAAGCUGAGCCAGAACCAAGUAUAGCUCCCAUACUCAAAGAAGGUCAUGCCCUCAGCUCUGUCCCUAGUCCUGCUCCAAUUGCUCUGAUUAAUUGUUGUUGUGGCAUCUGUUCACAUGUCCUAGCAUCUCAUCAACAAAUUUAUCGAUGCGAAGGAUGCUCACUACUUAUUCAUGCCGGAUGUAUUGAGGAAUUGCUAUACCCAUGUGUUCCUUGCGGGUUCGAUGAAUCUGGUAUCUGCUGGAGUGUGUUGCAAAUGUGGGCAGGGUUGUUGAAGGGAUAUCGAUCAGGCAUCUUAGCAGGACAGCAAGCGCUCCAGCAUCAGAUGCAGCAGUUUCAACAGCAACACUACAUGCAGGCACAAAACCCUAGAGGGGUUUCUGGGCACACAAGGCAGCGGUCAAGCAGUGGGAGUGAAGACUGGGGAAGUGCAGUCGAGAAGGAAACUAAAGAUCUGCGGUUCACGUGGGCAAGUCUCCGUGGAUGGGCCAGCAGGAGCAGCAGUACAACAAAUACUAAUACGCCAUCGACUCCAAGUGUAAAGAGUCCAGCAGUUGGAUUUUCUCAGACCAUUGAAGAUGCUUCGACACAGCAGCAACCGGUGACAAGAGCAAGACGGGGAACGGGUGGAAGUGCAAUGAGCGAUGUGGUUCGGUUCCAUCGAGAUGUUUUUAUGAAGACUGUGGACAAGGAUGCCAAGCCGUUUAUGACGGCGUUUACAGAAUCACAGGCAUUUGUACAAUUUGUGCAGGACCGCGUUGAUCGCUCUCCUGGAGACCCUGAAAUCAUGUUUUUUGACGAAGUCAUCAAAACUAAAAUUAAUCGCUCACGGUUCCGUCUUGGAAAAGAGGAGACCAAGUUCUUGGACGACACAUCAUAUGGAAUUCAAAGUACUACCAAGGCAGCGCCACCGUCGGGCGAUAUUGACAUUCAUAAUGGCGAAACAAGACGUUUCCCAACUGGUCUUGAUCCCGCAUAUUUGUAAAGCUCCCUCCCUUUUUGCACUCUUCUAGACGAAAUAAAAUAAUAUGAUAGCAAAGUUUUUAUUAUAUC